AUGAGCUACUACAACUUAGAAAAAGACGAAACCGUGUACUACAAAUUAGACACCAUCAAAUGUGAUAUCCCAGUUAACUCAGAAUUACAAGCAAGGAUAAAUAAACAUGUCAACCAGUUGCGGAUUACUUAUUCCACAUUGGAAGAAUUUGUGGAUAAUUUUGUGUAUGAAUUGAAGAAGGGAUUGGAGGCCCAUCGUAGACAUCCAAAUUUAUGGAUCCCUCACGAGUGCUCGUUUAAAAUGCUGGACUCCUGCAUUUCGAACAUCCCCACCGGUCAGGAAAAAGGAACCUACUAUGCAAUUGACUUUGGAGGAACAAAUUUCAGAGCUGUAAGAGCAUCCCUAGAUGGAAAUGGAAAAAUCAAAAGAGAUCAAGAAACGUACAGUUUAAAAUUUACAGGGACAUUUUCACAUGAAAAGGGAUUAUUAGAUAAACAUGCAACUGCUUCGCAACUAUUUGAUCACUUCGCUGAGAGGAUCAAAUACAUUAUGGGAGAGUUUAAAGAUUUAGAUAACCGUGAAGGAAAGAAUGUAGGUUUCACAUUUUCAUUUCCGUGUACCUCUCCAUCCAUUAAUUGUUCAAUUUUGAUCGAUUGGACAAAGGGAUUUGAAACAGGCAGAGCUACAAAUGAUCCUGUGGAAGGUCGUGAUGUGUGCAAACUAAUGAAUGACGCUUUUGUAAGAUCAGAUGUACCAGCAAAGGUUUGUUGUGUCGUUAAUGAUGCUGUUGGCACACUUAUGUCAUGUGCUUAUCAAAAAGGAAAAACAACUCCCCCAUGCUACAUUGGGAUCAUAUUAGGAACUGGAUCCAAUGGAUGCUAUUACGAACCUGAAUGGAAAAAGUACAAAUACGCUGGAAAAAUUAUUAACAUAGAGUUAGGCAAUUUUGAUAAGGAUUUGCCCUUAUCCCCUAUCGACCUUGUCAUGGAUUGGCACUCAGCCAAUAGGAGUAGGCAACUUUUUGAGAAAAUGAUUUCUGGGGCCUACUUAGGAGAAAUUGUCAGAAGGUUUAUGGUUAAUGUUUUACAGAGUGAAUCAUCUGAGAAAAUGUGGAAAAGCGACAGCUUCAACUCUGAAUCGGGAAGUGUCGUACUAAAUGAUACUUCCCCAAAUUUUGAGGAAAGCAGAAAAGUAGCCAAGGCUGCAUGGGACAUGGACUUCACGGAUGAACAGAUAUAUGCCUUACGUAAAAUUUGCGAGUCUGUUUAUAAUCGAUCAGCUGCUCUAGCUGCUGCUGCAAUAGCUGCUAUAGCUAAAAGAAUUAAAAUCAUCGAACAUUCCAAAUUUUCUUGUGGUGUAGAUGGCUCUCUGUUUGUCAAAAAUGCAUGGUACUGCAAAAGGUUACAGGAACAUUUGAAAGUUAUCCUGGCUGACAAGGCGGAAAAUUUGAUCAUUAUUCCGGCCGAUGAUGGAUCGGGAAAGGGCGCAGCAAUUACGGCGGCUGUCGUUUCGCAAUCCAGCAGCAUUAAG